GGCUGGCGCCGGUGGGUUGGUGGUUGUCGUCCGGUGCCUUUUCCUCUUUUUGGUUGCGCGGUCCCUCGUGGGCUUUCCUGGGCCUCUUUUCCUGUGAGGUUUCCCUAUGUUAGCUAGGUCCCAGCUUCAGACUCCAACCUAAUGUAGGAAACUUCUCUUACCUUGCUAGCCAGUUCCUAGCUCCGCCGCCUUUGGCUUGAGUUGGAUCUUUCUUUACCUUUGGCAGCUAAGGUCAUCUUUUUCCUGUUCAGGCCCUCUCGUUCUAAGUACCGAGAUUUAGCAGCACGUGUGUCCCAGCGUAUAUUCGGAAAAUGGGGUGGCCGCAUUUGAACCUCCCUUCCUCCGUACCCCUUCCCCCGCCCCCGCGCGCAAAGGUUGGCUAACCUUAAAGUGCCGUUGAAGUGCUUAUUAAGUGCUACGUUCUUUUGGACUAAACGUAGCCUAUCUCAGUCUUUCGUGCAUUAGUAGGCGGAUUAAGGCAAUGUGUUUUUAUUUAAUUAGACAGUCCAAUCGGGAGAAUGACGUGGAAGCUAUAAUUAUAGAUGGCUUUUUGGAAGGGAAAGAAUUUCAGCAUUAUUCGAUCAGACUGCGUUGUCCUGGGUGGCCCAAAAAGUUUUCUGAAAGCCUUUAAAGAAUGCUUAGUAAGAGAAAAUAAUAACUAUCAUGUGAGCCAGGCAGUCUACUAGGGUCCUUUCUGCGGAUUUUUAUGCAAUUCUCAAAACGACUCUGAGAGUCUACUGGGCCAUUAUGGCACUCAAGUGGACUGGUGGACAUUCUUCUCCAAUUCUCUGCCUGAAUGCAAGUCAAGAAGGGCUAGUGGCUUCUGGGGCAGAGGGUGGAGAUCUCAUGGUUUGGGGUGAAGAUGGAACCCCAUUAGGACACACACACUUCCAGGGGGCUAAUGAUGUUACCAGUGUCUUAUUCUCUCCUUCCUACCCCACGAAGCUCUAUGCUUCACAUGGAGAAACCAUUAGCAUACUGGACGUAAGGUCCCUCAAAGAUUCCCUGGACCAUUUUCAUGUGAAUGAAGAAGAAAUCAAUUGUCUUUCAUUGAAUGAAACUGAAAACCUGCUGGCUUCUGCUGAUGACUCCGGGGCAAUCAAAAUCCUGGAUUUGGAAAAUAAGAAAGUUAGCAGAUCACUGAAGAGACAUUCCAAUAUCUGUUCGUCUGUAGCUUUUCGGCCUCAAAGGCCUCAGAGCCUGGUGUCAUGUGGACUGGAUAUGCAGGUGAUGCUGUGGAACCUUCAGAAAGCCCGGCCACUCUGGAUUACAAAUUUACAGGAGGAGGAAACAGAAGAAAUGGAAAGCCCACAAUCACCUGGUCAGCUUUUAAACCCUGCUCUAGCUCACUCAGUGUCUGUGGCGUCGUGCGGCAAUAUUUUUAGUUGUGGUGCAGAAGAUGGUAAGGUUCGAAUCUUUAAGGUGAUGGGAGUCAAGUGUGAACAGGAACUGGGAUUUAAGGGACACACUUUGGGAGUAUCCCAGGUCUGCUUUCUGCCAGAAUCCUAUUUGCUGCUUACUGGAGGAAAUGAUGGGAAGAUAAUAUUGUGGGAUGUAAGCAGUGAAGUUGAGAAAAAACAGAAGAGUCCUACAAAACAUACCCACAGGAAGAAAACUAAAAGAGCAACUUAUACCAAGCAGGGUGGAAACGCUAAUGCUUCAGUAACAGAUGAAGAGCAUGGCAAAAUUUUACCAAAGCUAAGUAUUGAACAUGGAGAAAAAGUGAACUGGCUCUUGAGUACAAAAAUAAAGGGAUGCCAAAAUAUAUUAGUAGCUGAUCAAACUAGCUCUGUAUCUGUAUAUCCCUUAAAUGGGAUUUAAAUCCAAUAAAAACAUUUGAAAAACUGCAGCAAAACUUUUUUUAGGUUAAAAAAAAUCCUGAUUCUUUGUUUAAACUGUUUGUUGUAUGUAGAAUAAUACCAUUCCAUGGUAUAAAUUUUAAGACAUUUGAGCAAAAGAAAAUAAUUGGGUAAUACUUCAUAUAGUAAAUGACAUAUUAAAAUUUGGGGGAAGAGAACCAGUAUUCACUGAGUACAGACCAGGUACCAGCCAUUUUACAUAUAUUUCAUUUCUUAUUUCAAAUCAGUGAAGUGGGUGAUUUCCCCCAUUUUAUUGCCACAGGAAUUGAGACUCAGAGACAUUAAUGAACCUGAGGAUCCAGGAAAAUUUCAGGCACAAUUGGGUAUCUGCAGAGAAUCUUGGUUGUCUUGUCAAGCCUCCUGCCUGAGGGAAACCCACAUCCUGAUCCAAAUGUGGUUACCACAUUAGUUAUAACGUGAGUUAGUUUGGAUCCUAGGAUGUCAUGAGGAGCCUUACCAAGUUGAAAGAGGAAACCUGUUCUUGCUUGUUCUGUUUAAAGCCCAGGAGGCUUUGCUGACACUUACCUUUUGCUGUUUCUGGGAAAAAGGUUCCGGGUCAAAUCAGGUUAGGAUAUUAUGUAGCAAUCCAGAUCAUCAUACGGGUGAGACCAAGAAUAAGGUGAAGUCAUGAAUAAGCAGAAACUCUGACUAAGCAGAAGAUGUAAGGUAGAGAAGUUAUAGAAGAGGUAAAGAUUAGAGGCCAACAUAGUGUGUCAAGAGUAAGUUCAUUUUUAUCAUGGCCUGAAUUGCUGCCUUCUCUGCAUAUUCUUUCAGCUUCU